CUCUUUGGAAACUCCUGCCGGGGAAAAGAGCUAGGAAAGAGCUGCAGAGCGGUGUGGGGUUUUUCCUUUUUUCUGCUCCUUUUAAUAACCCCCUCCUCCGUUUGCACCCUUCUCCGGGCUUCACGCAGAACCUACGAAUCUCGGAGACGUGGUGGCAGAGCGCGAGCAAAGAGGUGUUAGAGUUUUGGAUUCGGGGCUUUUUUUUUUUUUUUUUUUUCCCUUGAUUUCGACAUUCUCCCCCACCCUCGCGGCUGCAGCCGCCGCCUCUUACCUGUUCCGCGGCAGCCGCGCGCCGCUGGCAGCGGAGGGUUAGAAAGGAGCAGGGUGUAUAGAUCUUAAAACAAAAUUUUUGAAGACAAAUCCAUUUUUCUCCCCCCACCCCCGUCUCCUCCACGGCCUCCGAGAUCUAUAUUCCGGUGGUUGCUUUGGGGGGAACAAUUUUUGGCUUUCCCCCCUGCAAUUCUGACCAGGUGAGGCUUGUUUCUCCACGCCCUCCGCGUGCACCUGGCGCUGCUCUUUUCCCCUCAACCUGUUGCAAGUUAUUAAUCCUUGCAACUGGGACUUGCUUGCAGGCACCCGAGCCCUCCAUCUCUCUCCACAUUUUGCAGUUGUCUGGGGAAGGGCACCUGCUCUACCUGCCAGAAAUUUUUUAAAAAAAGAAAUUUCCCCGGGCGCCCUCUCGGCCCCUUGCUCCCUGCACUCUCGCUCUCCUGCCCCGCCCCAAGGUAACGGGGGAGACUCGGAGAAGAUGGUGCUCACCGCGGUCCUCCUGCUGCUGGCCGCCUGUGCGGGGCCGGCCCAGGGCCUGGGCUCCUUCGUGCAUUGCGAGCCCUGCGACGAGAAAGCCCUCUCCAUGUGCCCCCCCAGCCCCCUGGGCUGCGAGCUGGUCAAGGAGCCGGGCUGCGGCUGCUGCAUGACCUGCGCCCUGGCUGAGGGGCAGUCGUGCGGCGUCUACACCGAGCGCUGCGCCCAGGGGCUGCGCUGCCUCCCCCGGCAGGACGAGGAGAAGCCGCUGCACGCCCUCCUGCACGGCCGCGGGGUUUGCCUCAACGAAAAGAGCUACCGCGAGCAAGUCAAGAUCGAGAGAGACUCUCGCGAGCAUGAGGAGCCCACCACCUCCGAGAUGGCAGAGGAGACCUACUCCCCCAAGAUCUUCCGGCCCAAGCACACCCGCAUCUCCGACCUGAAGGCUGAGGCAGUGAAGAAGGACCGCAGAAAGAAGCUGACCCAGUCCAAGUUCGUGGGGGGAGCCGAGAACACUGCCCACCCCCGUGUCAUCUCAGCACCUGAGAUGAGACAGGAAUCUGAGCAGGGCCCCUGCCGCAGACACAUGGAGGCUGCCCUGCAGGAGCUGAAGGCCAGCCCGCGCAUGGUGCCCCGGGCCGUGUACCUGCCCAACUGCGACCGCAAAGGAUUCUACAAGAGAAAGCAGUGCAAGCCCUCCCGUGGCCGCAAACGUGGCAUCUGCUGGUGCGUGGACAAGUACGGGAUGAAGCUGCCGGGCAUGGAGUAUGUCGACGGGGACUUUCAAUGCCACACCUUCGACAGCAGCAACGUUGAGUGAUGCCCCCCUCCCCGACCUUCCCUCGCCCCCUCCCACCCCAGCCCCGUCUCCAGCCAGCGCCUCCCUCCACCCCAGGAUGCCACUCAUUUCAUCUCAUUUAAGGGAAAAAAAAUACAUAUAUCUAUCUAUUUGAGGAAACGGAGGACCUCGGAAUCUCUAGCAAGGUCUCAACUUUGAAAACGGCAACAACGGAGAUUCACAAAGCUAAGGAGACCCCCCCUCUGAAAUGGUUUUCUUUUCGAGGCAAGUUGAAUGAACAAGGAAGGAAAGAGAGGAAGAAUGAGAAAGAGAGAGAGAGAGAGGGACGAGAGUAUAUGUGUAAGCGGAGAAGGCAAGAUGAACAGAGUCGGGAAAAGGAGAAGAAAAGGUGGGCGAGAGGGCAGGUGCAUGGGGCUGUGGCUGGCUCAACCUUGCUGUCCAGCCCAGCCCAAGGUGGGGAGACAUGUGGGCACUAGAAGGUGUGGCCCGAGAUGUGCAUUCUGUGGCACACUUGGAGUUUUGCCAGUUUAGAUGGGUCACGGGGAAAAAGGAAAAGACAAAGGUGUCGGUGCCUCUCCCGGCUCUGUCUCCUCCUCCAGCCAGCAACUGUAUGGCUCCAGCCCUGUUCUUCCUUUCCCAUCACCCCAGCACAGGGUCCUCUCUCCCCCAAAUUU